AUGCCGCAAGUUAAGAUCAUCGCGAAAAGUUUUAUGGACAUGGUGGCGUCUCUCACCGCCAUCAAGCUCGACAAACUCUACAACAAUGUCUUCAUCUGCGAGGCCAUUCUCAGGUCUUUGCCACCUCUCGCCAAGAAAUACGUAUUGCAGCUGCUGUACAUUGACAUUCCUGUACCUGCCACGAUGAUGGAGGAGUGGGUGCUUGCGGAUGGCGUCUCUAAGCACAGAGUUGCUAUUGAUCGACUCAUUCAAUUACGCAUCUUUUCCGAAACCAAAGAUAGGAAAAAGCAAACAUGUUACAGCCUAAAUCCUACAUUUCAGAAAAAUCUUCAGAAACAUGUCAUUUCCGGUGGAGUUUUGCCUAGGGAGCCUAUGAACGCCAACAACGCUAACAACGCCAUUAAGCUUCCAAGUCUACAAGAACUCGAAACCUAUGCACUUCAGCAAUGGGAGUGUUUCUUGCUACAACUCAUAAAUUCGGGUCAAGCUGAGAAGCUAACCGGCAUCAGUUCGUCCAUGCUGAAAGUCUUCCAGCGAGGUUUGUUGAGUCAAAGAGACAGAGAUGGUCCAAGAUUAACUGAGAGUGGCUUUCAGUUUUUGCUAAUGGAUACAAAUGCUCAGCUUUGGUACAUUAUCCGAGAAUACAUAUUGAAUGCCGAGGAGCGAGAUGUAGAUCCAGCAGACUUGAUUUCGUUUUUGCUGGAGCUUAGUUUUCAUGUUACUGGUGAGGCUUAUAACUUAAAUACCUUGACAGAUGUUCAAAGAAAUACACUCAAGGACCUUGCAGACUUGGGAUUAGUCAAGCUUCAACAGGGAAGAAAAGACAGUUGGUUUAUUCCUACUAAACUGGCUACAAAUUUAUCAGUCAGUCUGGCAGAUUCAUCUGUGCGAAAAGAGGGAUAUGUUAUGAUGGAAACAAACUUCAGGAUGUACGCCUACUCGACAUCUAAGUUACAGUGUGAAAUUUUACGUCUGUUUUCGAGGAUAGAGUACCAACUUCCAAACCUUAUCGCUUGUGCAAUUACCAAGGAAAGUUUGUACAAUGCAUUUGACAAUGGCAUCACAUCAGACCAGAUUAUAACUUUUCUACAGCAGAAUUCUCAUCCACGAUGUGCUAGCCGAGUCCCAUCUAUUCCAGAAAAUGUCACUGACCAGAUACGGCUUUGGGAGUCAGAUCUUAAGAGAAUAGAGAUGACUCAAGCUCACUUCUACGAUGAAUUUCCUUCAAAGGAUGUGUUUGAGGCAGCUUGUGACUUUGCUCGGGAAUGGGGAGGCCUUCUCUGGGAAGACUCAAAGAGAAUGCGACUUGUUGUCAAAUCCGAAAUUCACAACCAGAUGCGUGAGUUUCUUCACACCCAGAGCAAAUAA